UAUGUUCAAUGCCACCUCUGGAUUUCGGAUUGUGAUAAAAAGGCGACACCCGGCAGCUUGGGACAGAACUCAUUUUCACACCGAAAAGUACAACUAUCCAAUCGUAUAAACUACUGUUUUUCACAGAUGCGAUAUAAUUUUGCCUGUGAAGCUAAAAUAACAGUCCGAUCACUGUCCCAAUCCACGGCCGGGGACCGAUGAGCGAUAUCGCUGCUUAUGCACAUUCGACAACACACGGACAGAAUCGCUCUCCAAUCUUAAGGACCGAAGGAUCUGGUUCGGGAAACCGCCCCGAAACGGUUCGGUGAAACAGGAUCCACGGCGGAGCUCGUGUUCCGCAGAACCGUGUUGUAUCGGACAGGAUGCAUCUUUUUAGUGCCAUUUUCCUGCUGCUGAUGUUAUCGUUCCUGCCCUGUGAGGCUUUGUACCCAAGUCCGGAGGAGGGCUGGCAGAUCUACAGCUCCUCUCAGGACGUGGAGAGGAAGUGCGUGUGCACGGUGGUGGCCCCCGCCCAGAGCGCCUGCACCCGAGACCCCCGCAGCAAGCAGCUCCGACACCUCACACAGAAAGUGCAGAACAUCACGCAGUCCAUGGAGGUGCUGGACCUGCGGACCUACAGGGACCUGCAGUACGUCCGAAACACAGAGUCCCUCAUGAAGGUGGUGGACAGCAAGCUGAGGACAGCCUCAGAGAACCCCAGAUCCCUCAACCCCAAGAGUUUUCAGGAGUUGAAGGACAAGGUGACCCAACUGCUCCCCCUGCUGCCAGUGUUGGAGCAGUACAAGUCGGACGCACUUAUGGUGGCGGUGUUGAAGGAGGAGGUGCAGAACCUGUCUCUGGUGCUGCUGGCCAUCCAGGAGGAGAUGGGGGCUUACGACUACGAGGAGCUGCGGCAGAGACUGCUGCUGCUGGAGACGCGGCUGCACUCCUGCAUGCAGAAGCUGGGGUGUGGGAAGCUGACAGGUGUCAGUCACCCCAUCACCGUCCGUGCGUCUGGCUCCCGUUUUGGCUCCUGGAUGACGGACACCAUGACUCCCAGCGCGGACAACAGGGUGUGGUCGAUGGAUGGGUACCUGAGGGGCAGGCGUGUUCUGGAGUAUCACACACUGAGUGACUUCAUGAAGGGGCAGAACUUCGUGCAGCACCUGCUGCCGCACCCCUGGGCGGGGACGGGCCACGUGGUUUACAACGGCUCGCUCUACUACAACAAGUACCAGAGCAACAUCAUCAUCAAGUACCACUUCCGCUCACGCAGCGUCCUGCUCCAGCGCAGUCUGCCCUCCGCCGGGUACAACAACACCUUCCCCUACUCCUGGGGCGGCUCGUCCGACAUCGACCUCAUGGCGGACGAGACCGGCCUGUGGGCCGUCUACACCACCAUCCCCAACGCCGGCAACAUCGUCAUCAGCCGGCUGGAGCCGCAGAGCCUGGAGGUGCUGCAGACCUGGGACACCGGCUUCCCCAAGCGCAGCGCCGGCGAGGCCUUCAUGAUCUGCGGCACCCUCUACGUCACCAACUCCCACCUGGCUGGCGCCAAGAUCCACUUUGCCUACUACACCAACUCCUCCAGCUACGAGUACACAGACAUCCCAUUCCACAACCAGUACUCACACAUCUCCAUGAUGGACUACAACCCCCGGGAGAGGGUCCUGUACACCUGGAACAACGGCCACCAGGUGCUCUACAACAUCACCCUCUUCCAGGUCAUUACAAAUUCUGGAGACUAGAGCUCUCAGAA